UCGUUCCCAGCCGCCCAUUUAUUAUUGGUACUCUUAUUGUUUAUCAUCACUAUCAGUCUACCACACAAUUUCAUCACUUUCUUCUUCGAAACCAUAGCGUUUCAGUUUAUUCGAAUCGAACCACCAUGAAGGCCUCCGUCUCCAGCAAUGCCGAUUUCCUCAAGAUGGGACUCUUCUUCCUCUUCGUCACUUUCUUUUUCGUGGGCAAACACUUCUCCGACAGCUCCUCCCAGCAGCUCAUCUUCUUCUCCGCCACCACCGCCGCCACCACCACCACGUCCGCCGAGGUCACCAUAUCCCCCAACUUCAACCAAUUCUUCAACGUCAACGCCCUAAUCGAAGCCCAGACCCCCAAAACAAACCCCUCCCAACAACCUCCCCCUCCGCCGGAGCUUCUCGACACGAUCAAGCGCUUCGGGAUCCUCAACGACAACGGCACCAUGUCCGACGACUUCGAGAUCGGGCACUUCGAGGAAGGAGUACCGGAAGACUGGGGAAACGACACCGUCGUCGAGGAUUCCGUCUCUUCUCCCAGAAUCGCUGUGAGUAAGUUCGGGAUCUGUCCGCGGAGCAUGAGCGAGCAUAUACCGUGUUUGGACAACGCCGACGCCAUUCGGAAACUCAAGUCGACGCAGAGAGGGGAGAAUUUCGAGAGGCAUUGUCCGGAACAGGGGAAACGACUCAAUUGCUUGGUUCCGCGGCCUAAAGGAUACCGUCCCCCUAUUCCGUGGCCCAGAAGCCGCGAUGAGGUUUGGUACAAUAAUGUUCCUCACCCUCGUCUUGUUGAAGAUAAAGGGGGUCAAAACUGGAUUACCAGAGGCAAGGAUAAGUUUAGGUUUCCUGGGGGUGGUACGCAAUUUAUACAUGGAGCAGAUCAAUACUUGGACCAUAUUUCUGAGAUGGUUCCUGAUAUUAAGUUUGGGCAAAAUAUAAGAGUUGCUCUUGAUGUUGGCUGUGGUGUAGCUAGUUUUGGCGCAUACUUGUUGUCUCGAAAUGUCAUAACCAUGUCUGUUGCUCCCAAGGAUGUUCAUGAGAAUCAGAUCCAGUUUGCUCUUGAGCGUGGUGUGCCGGCAAUGGUGGCUGCAUUUUCAACUAGGUGUUUAUUAUAUCCAAGUCAAGCUUUUGACUUGAUACAUUGUUCACGCUGUAGAAUUAAUUGGACUCGAGAUGAUGGUAUUUUGCUGCUUGAAGUUAAUAGGAUGCUGAGGGCGGGAGGGUACUUUGUUUGGGCUGCCCAACCGGUUUAUAAACACGAGGAAGUUUUAGAAGAACAAUGGAAAGAGAUGCUUAAUCUUACUAAUCGUCUAUGCUGGAAGUUAUUGAAAAAAGAUGGGUAUGUCGCAAUAUGGCAGAAACCUUCUGACAAUAGCUGCUAUCUAAACCGUGAGGCAGGAACUCAACCACCACUGUGUGACCCAAGUGAUGACCUCGACAAUGUUUGGUAUGUUAAUCUAAAAUCAUGCAUCUCUCAAUUGCCUGAGAAUGGAUAUGGAGCAAAUGUUGCUCGAUGGCCGGCACGCUUGCAUACACCACCUGAUAGGCUUCAAAGCAUAAAAUUUGAUGCUUUCAUAUCCAGAAAUGAGCUUUUUAGGGCAGAAUCAAAAUAUUGGGGUGAGAUAAUAGGAGGCUAUGUACGUGUUUUACGCUGGAAGAAGAUGAGAUUAAGAAAUGUUAUGGACAUGAGAGCUGGUUUUGGAGGAUUUGCAGCUGCAUUGAUUGAUCAGAGUAUGGACAGUUGGGUUAUGAAUGUGGUUCCUGUUAGUGGUCCAAAUACCUUGCCUGUCAUAUAUGACCGUGGGCUGAUUGGAGUUAUGCAUGACUGGUGUGAACCAUUUGACACCUACCCGAGAACCUAUGAUUUACUGCAUGCUGCAAAUCUGCUUUCUGUUGAGAAGAAAAGAUGCAAUUUGUCAUCAAUUAUGCUUGAGAUGGAUCGAAUACUAAGGCCUGGUGGACGGGCAUACAUCCGUGAUACUCUUGCCAUCAUGGAUGAGCUUAUGGAGAUUGGCAAGGCUAUGGGCUGGCAAAUGUCACUGCAAGAUACAGCUGAGGGUCCUCGUGCAAGUUAUAGGGUCUUGGUUUGUGAUAAGCGCCUUCGUUAAUGCAAACUCGCUCACUUGUUUUUUAUCUCUUCAAUGGGGAAAUCAACAGAAUAGGGUCACACUCAUUUUAGAAGAGAAGAAUAGGAGGACGAUGCAAGUGUAAAUAUCACACUUUCUUGUUUUUGUCUGCUGGUUCUUGACAUCAGAUCGCCAGAGCAGAUGGGGUAGGUAUAGAGGGUGCAUCAUUUAACUUGUUUAUAAAAUCAAUUUAUUUGCAUAUCACAAAGUUUUUAGGCCGAACAUCUGGCAUAUUUAAGUUAAACGGGCUUUCUCUGGAUUUUGAUAUUAUUAUCAAAACGGGUAACUACUCUGUUUCUCACCAUCUCUCGUGACUGGGGAUUUCUCCAUUUCACUCCUAGAUCUGUUGAGUGUUUUUUUAACUUUAUGAAAACUUGCUAUGAAAAUAAGCGUGGAUAAUCAUAAAUCCAUGGCUUCUUAUUUACUAGUUUGUUGUAACCAAUCGUAAUUUGUUUCAUGCAUUA